UUCUUUUAUUUUAUCUUAAAAAAUUUUCUCUUGCUUUUGCUUUAGCUAUUUGCUAUUGCUCUUUGCUUCCCAUUUGGAUUAGGGUUUCUUCUUGCUUCAUCUUCUUCUUCGUCUUGGAGUGAAAAAAAAAAAAAAGAAAGGCUGAUACCCUUCCCGAUCUCUUCUACUAGCCGUUAACUUCCCCCCUUUUUCCCGCCAAUUUUAGCUUCUCUUUACUUCCUUUUUUCAACCCCUUUGCUUUCCCCUUCCUCCUGUCGUUUUUUGCUCCCGGUGUCUUUUGGGAUUUUUUUUUUUUUUCCGUUGCUCUCUCUGAGCUUGGCGGGAAAUGUCUACGCUCGAUGACGGUUCCAAGGUCGAGGAGGUUAAGGAGAAGGAAGAGAAAGCAGGGGAGCUUUUGUUUUGUGGUGCUACCUCUUGGGAUAUAAUUGGUCGAAAAAAGGGUCCCGUUGAAGGCAACUUGGUCUCUCCUACUCGCCUUCGUCCGCUUGUCGGCAUUGACAUUCGUUUUGUUGCUUCUGGCUGCACAUCGUGUCAUUGUGUGGCAUUGGACGUGGAAGGUCGUUGCUAUACCUGGGGACGCAAUGAGAAAGGUCAAUUGGGUCAUGGAGAUUUGAUUCAGCGAGAUAGGCCUACUAUAGUAUCUGACCUUUCGAAGUACAAGGUGGUUAAAGCUGGAGCAGGGAGAAACCACACUGUUGUGGUCACGGAGGAUGGAAAUUCUCUGUCAUUUGGUUGGAACAAACAUGGCCAGUUGGGUUCAGGUUCUAUAAAAAAUGAGAUUGAGUCAUCUCCUGUCCGUUGUCUUGUGUCUGAAGUGAAAACUACUGCUUGUGGGGGUGAAUUCACUGCGUGGUUAACUUCUAUUGAAGGAGCUUCCAUACUUACUGCGGGUCUUCCUCAAUAUGGACAGCUUGGUCAUGGAACAGAUAAUGAGUACAACACGAAGGAUAGCUCAGUGAGACUUGCUUAUGAAGCCCAACCACGCCCUAGAGCAAUUGCUUCCCUUGCUGGAGAAAAAAUUGUUAAAGUUGCAUGUGGAACAAAUCAUACAGUGGCUGUGGAUUCUAAUGGUUUUGUCUACACGUGGGGUUUUGGCGGUUAUGGAAGACUUGGGCAUAAAGAGCAGAAGGAUGAAUGGGCUCCUCGACGUGUCGAUAUAUUCCAGAGGAGAAAUACAUUGCCUCCUGAUGCUAUCAUUUCAGCGGGGUCUGUGAACUCUUCUUGUACUGCAGGCGGAGGGCAGUUAUAUAUGUGGGGAAAAAUAAAAAAUGCAGGAGAUGACUGGAUGUAUCCAAAACCUCUCAUGGAUUUAAGUGGAUGGAAUAUAAGAUGCAUGGAUUCAGGCAACAUGCACCAUUUUGUGGGUGCCGAUAACUCGUGCAUAAGUUGGGGCCAUGCACAAUAUGGAGAGCUUGGAUAUGGCCCAAUGGGGCAGAAGUCUUCUGCGUUACCCAAAAAGGUUGAUAUCCUGGAGAACAUGCAUGUCAUAAGUGUUGCAUGUGGUGCUGGACACUCUAUGGUUGUUGUUGAUAGAACAAAUGUAGCCGAUCGGCUUGAUCAGCUCGAUAUACACGAUGGCAAAGCUUUUGAUGAAGUGAAUGUGGUAUUGGAAGCAGUACCACAGAGUAAAGGUUCAGCCAUCAAGCCAAGUUCAAAGGCUGCUAAAGCAUCACUGAAGGCCAAAAAGAGGAAGAAGUCAAAAGAUUCAUCAGACUCGGAGGAAGAAGAGGAAGAAAAUGAAGAUGGUGACAGUAGCGAUGAGGAGGCCAAUGGGCUAUCGGAUACGAGCGAACAGUAUGGGAGCAAAAGUAAGGGUAGAGGAAAGGGUAGUAAAAAGCCAUCCAGUGGUGGGAAAGGCAGUGGUCGUGGACGGGGUCGUCCCCCAUCAAACAACAAGAAACCAGCAGCUUCUCAAGGAAAAGCAGGAGCUAAGAGAGGUAGACCUCGGAAGACAUGAAGACAUCCAUUAUAGUGUAGGUUUAAUUGGUGACCCUUACUUCAGUUAAAGUGAAGCCAACCACUCUCUUACACCAGACGAUGUAUCUGCAGUUUUGAGAUUAUUUCACCAUUUAUUUUUCAAUGAUAUGAUUAUUAAGAGAUGUACACUAACUUACCUGAUGACAUUGAUUAUUCAGAACUUCAGCAAGUUCUUUUGAGCUUUGAAGGUUUAUCGAGUGUAAAAACAUUUCGAAAUUUUUAGAGCUAAAUGGAAAGUCUCUUUCAUGUGAUUGCUAUUAUGUUA